AUGUCUCAGCCGCCGGGGAGAGGCGAGACUCCGAAGGCCGCAGCCGACGUUCCACAGGCCUCAGCCGAGACCGCGAAUUCUCGUUCGAAGCGGGCCCUGGUGGCUUGUCUCGAGACUGCAAAGGUCGAGCACACGAUCCUCGCCAGAAAGCCAGGGCUAGAAAACUACUCCAACAACCCCGACUCGUCGCGUGGCCUUGGCUCGAGCCUCCGGCUGUCCUUGGCUCUUGACCUGCCGCUACUAGCGCUCCAUCUCCCCAAAGACGUGGGAGGACAGAAGAAGACCCCAAAAAGGACAACGGCAUCGCCACCGGAAUGCUCGCUAUGA